ACCAGUUAUGGGUUACAACAAGUGCAUAUUGCUUGUAUCCUUAGCCAUAGCCAUAGCCGUGGCCUUCGCCGGGCUCUCUGAGGGGUUCGAUUUCCAAGAGGACGAUCUAGUAUCCGAGGAUAGUGUAAGGAACUUAUAUGAGAGAUGGAGUACUGAAUUUACUGUUUCGAGAAGCUUCGAUGACAAGCACAAGAGGUUCAAUGUGUUCAAGGACAAUGUGGAUCAUGUUCAUCAAGUUAAUAAGAUGAACAAACCUUACAAGCUUAAGUUGAACAUGUUUGCUGAUAUGACGAACGUAGAGUUUCGUAGCUACUUUGCUGGGUUGAAGGGGAAGAAGAAGACUAAUGGCACCGUAAGUUUCAUGUAUGCAGAUGCCGGUAAUGUCCCUCCGUCCAUUGAUUGGAGGACAAAGGGUGCUGUUACUCCUGUUAGGAACCAAGGCCAUUGUGGAAGUUGCUGGGCAUUUUCGACGGUUGCAUCAGUAGAGGGUAUAAUCCAAAUCAGAACAGGGAAGCUAGUUUCAUUGUCAGAACAGGAGCUUGUUGACUGUGACACCUUCCAGAACCGAGGAUGCAACGGCGGCCUAAUGAGCGUGGCGUUCGAUUUUGUCAGGCUAAGGGGUGGCCUCACCACUGAAGAAAACUACCCUUACACAGCUUUUAACGGAAUAUGCAAUAUAUUUAAGGUGGAUACUGCAAAAGUAUCAAUUGAUGGGCAUGAGGAUGUACCUGUGAAUGACGAGGGCGCCCUGCUCAAUGCUGUCGCGAACCAACCUGUGUCUGUGGGCAUCGAUGCUGGGAGUCGAGAUAUGCAGUUCUACUCACAGGGUGUGUUCAGUGGAGAAUGUGGGACAACACUGAAUCAUGGUGUAGCAGUUGUGGGCUAUGGAACAGAUGCAGGUACAGAUUACUGGAUUGUAAAGAAUUCAUGGGGAGAACAAUGGGGGGAGAAAGGUUACAUACGGAUGAAGCGUGGUAUCGUUGAUAGACAAGGAUUGUGUGGGAUUGCAAUGCAGGCCUCUUAUCCUGUCAAAAACACUUUCAGUAGUAAUCCUUCAUCUUCUGUUCAGGAAGGAUACUCCAGGACCAGGAAGAAUCGAUUUAAUUAAACAGGAUUCAGAGAUGUUUGGUUCCUUCUCUUACUAUACGAUCAUUCAAACUAAUUACAUCGCGUUUUAUAACAUGAA